UUAAGCUCACUGUGGUGUAAGCUGUGGCCCAAACAAAACUUCCCCUCCACGAAAUUCCUUGGCUUUGCCACAUGAGAUGGGAUAUGGAGAUUGAAGAAAUAGAAGCUGUUCUGGAGAAAAUCUGGGACCUACACGACAAAUUGAGCGACGCCAUUCACUCAAUUUCCCGCACCCACUUCCUCAACUCUGUCGGAAACCUAAGGAAGUCUGAUAAGAAGAAACUCUACAACGACGUCGUUGAAGAGAACCGGGCUGGCUUUGUCUUCGUCAAGGAGUUUCGUGUUGAUGAUAAUGAAUCCGCGAUUCAAGAGGCCAAGAGUCUCAACGCUAUCAGGACUGCUCUCGAGAACCUCGAGGAUCAGUUGGAGUUCUUCCAUACUGUACAAAUACAACAGCGGGCUGAGAGAGAUGCUGCAAUUGCUCGAUUAGAACAAAGCAGGAUUGUUCUUGCAAUGAGAUUGGCUGAACACCAUGGUAAGAAGUACAAAGUCAUUGAAGAAGCUCUAGAUUUCGUUGGUCAUGUACAUGAUGCAAGUCGCUUUGUUUCUCCUGAAAACCUUUAUGGUUCAUCUCAGUGUCCAUCUGGUGAGAAUCUUGUUAGGCGCAAAGAGAAGGGAUCUAACAUGGCAAUCAAAGUUCUUAUUUCAAGUUUUGAUUUUGUGAGGAAAUCCCUUAAAUUGGAUCAUAUGGGUGGGUUGCUGGGCAACGCUGCGUUAUUUGCAGUUAGCAUGAUUGCGUUGCUCCAUCUGCAUCAUGUAGCCUGCAAGGAGCAUCCAUAUAAACAAGAACUUAUCUACAACAAUAGAAAUAUCAGGAAAGCUCCUCGGGUUGAAGGAUCUUCAUCCAAUGUUGAUUUGAAUCACUUGGAUGUGAUGUUGGCCAGGGGUUGAAGAAAUUUAUAAGAUUGAAAAUUUUCAGUUGUUAGUUAAAAAUGGGAAGCCAUGCUGUUAUUAGUCAAGAAAGUUUGGUUAUCUUUCAAUUUCAUCCCACGAAAUACUGAGAGCUUGCAAGAGUGUUAGCAUGAUUUGGUGACAAUUUUAGUUUGGCAUAGCUAUUGAGAUGCAGAUUCCUGUUGAGUAGGAGUGGAUUUGAGGUGCCGAUAGCACUAUUUGGUUUCUGGUUGUAUGCCGUUUGAAAUUCAUUAAUGUAUGCCCCAAAUUAUAACUAAA